UUCAGUUGCUCAUUUCCAGUUUAUUUGGUAAUAAUGCUUAAAACUACACUUCAACAGGUUUAAAACCAGAUUCACAGUGUAAGUAUAAAAAAGGAUGGAUCCAUUUUUAAAUUACAAUAGGUAUGUUUACGUACUUUAAGGUUGUAUAACAACAUAAGUCACGCCCGUUACCCUAAGUAAUCACACUUAAAUACGAGGUUUAAUGAAAAUAAUAACAUAAGUAACAUAUAUACGAAACAAAGUACACAUUGAGUUGUUGAUAGAAAAUUACUAUUUUAUUUUAUUAUGUAGGCAACUUUGUACUGAUGGGGGCUUCAAGGAGCGUGGGGAGGGGAGCGGCGCGGUUUUUGUGCGCCAUUGAUGUGCAUUUAUGCGUGUUGAAUCGUUUUUUUUUACUGCAUUGCAUAGCGUCUUAUAAAAUGAUACUUUAUUAGAAAAUAAACUAUAAUUAGUUACAUUAUAAGAAACCCGCAUGGUAUUAUCUGAGUGUGUUUAAUCUUCAUCCAUGUAAAAUACUGUGUUUUCUUGUGUACCAUUUAUUAAUUCAACCAUGAGUACCGUCGAUAUGAAUCAAAUGGAUUCAGAAAACGACAAUAAAACUUUGGAUAAAAAACAAAUUGAGGAGGAAGAAAAAGAAAUGAUGCUGAAAGCUGAAAAUGAAAAACUGGAUUCUGAAGAUAAAAAGAUGGAAGGAGAAGGGACGGUUAGAGCGGCAUUAGCAGGGGACGUGACUGAGCAAGGCAGGGAAGUCAAACCAAAGUAUAUUCCUAUAGGAGCAAUAAAAAUGCCUGGUUUUUUUACAAGGAAUUCCGACAAAGAUAAGACAAAAGAGGAUGAUAGUACUAUAGAAAAGGAUACAGAACAUGAGAAAACACUAGAAAAAACCGAUGAAGAUAUUAAUACUAAGCCACAAAUAGGAUUGUUGCAAGCAUUUGCAAAGUUUUUACAGCCUAAAGACAAUGAUGGAGAAAAUGAUCAAUCAAAACGAUUAGGCAUUUUCAAUGUAAAGUAUCCUAAAAUGUUUCAAAAGAAGAAUGCGGCACAGGAAGCCGCUCUUGCCUCAAUGGAGACCUUGGAAGAUAAAUUGGAUACAACUAAUGAUGGCAUGGAGAAUGUUAAGUUGGAUGUUGCUGAUCAAGAAGAAGGAAAAGUUGCAACUCGGCUUCCACUCAAGGAAAGAGUCAGGCAAAGAAAGUUUAUUAUUGAUGACAUAAUGGUGUGUUUGGUGGUGGUGCUUGUGCUGGUGAUUGUGAUUGUUGCCAUUGUGGUGGCAUCACGCGCGGGGCCGCCCAAAGAACGCCCUCUGCGCCUUGGACGAUAUAUUACAACGAUAACCUCUUGUGGACCAGUAGAAGGGUAAGUUACUGCUUUACACUUCUACUC